AUGAAUGUUACGAAUUCAAAUAAUAAUAACGCUAAUAUCUUACUCGGGCACGCACCUGCUCGCUGCACACACUGCACGCUGCACGCUGCACACUGCACACUGCCUCACUAUGACGGAACACUACGUGUGAACAGCCGACCGAUAGAUUCACUCCAUACACUAAGUAUCGAGGUGGAAUGUGUCGAGGAGCUCGCCCGGAGGGCCUGUCUUCCCGAAGUGGCGGCGGCGUUGUUGUUGUUGUUUGUUGAUGUGGUUGUUGGGGUUGGGGUUGGGGAUGUGGUUGUGGUUGUGGUUGAGGUGGUUGUGGUGGUAGUGGUCGGUGGCGAGACGGCCGAGCGGCCCCCCUCAUCGCGGGAUACACACACAUCAGAGAACGUACAGAUAGAACGCGAUACCGUAGUGCUCUCUCUUAACGUUACAUAUAUAUAA